GAGAAUUCACUGCCCAACGAGUCGUAUAGGAUUGGGAGUGAAACAACGAAUUAAGGAGCGUAGAAGAGGGACCAUCAAAGGACUAGAAGAAGCUCAUAUCAUUCGAUCGUCUGCUCCCGAUGACUAACCAUAGAAGUUAAUUUCAUCCCGCUCAUUCCAGUGUUCAUCUUACGUGAAAAAUGGCCGAAUUUGAUGAGUACGAAUCUUUGCCUACCUCAAAUUCCACCACACACAUGAUUGCAGGUUCCAUGGCUGGAAUUUUGGAACAUUGUGUGAUGUACCCAAUCGACUCAGUUAAGACGCGUUUACAAAGUCUCGUAAGCGCCAAUCGAAGCCUAGGAUCGGUGCUCGUGACCAUGAUCAGGGACGAAGGAGCGAUGAGACCCCUGCGUGGCAUCGGGGCCACGGUAGCCGGUGCUGGACCAGCCCACGCUUUGUAUUUUGCCGCAUAUGAGAAAUUGAAAGUUGGUUUUACGUCGACCGGCUCGGCAAAUCAUAACUACUGGGCUCAAGGAGCAGCUGCCUCGGCUGCGACUGUAAUCCACGAUGGAAUUAUGACACCAGCGGAAGUGGUGAAGCAACGAUUACAGAUGUACAACAGCCCUUUCCGAUCCAUAACUGAGUGUGCCAUAAAAGUCUACCGCGCCGAAGGACUCGCCGCUUUCUACCGUUCAUACGGCACGCAGCUUGCGAUGAACGUACCGUUCCAAUGCGUACACUUCAUAGUUUACGAGGCUAUGCAAAAUGCCACCAACCCCGAGCGCACCUAUAACCCUAUGGGUCACGUCGUCUCCGGUGGAGUUUCAGGAGCCCUAGCGGCAGCCAUCACCACGCCGCUUGACGUCUGCAAGACUCUGCUGAAUACUCAGGAAGCGGAAGUUCUACAUCGAGCGCAGAAGACCCAAAUCAGUGGAUUUUUCAACGCCGCCAAAAUGGUUUAUCGAUUGGGCGGCUUGGGCGGCUUUUUCCAGGGUUUGCAAGCACGCGUACUAUUCCAAGUACCCUCGACGGCCAUUUGCUGGUCAGUUUAUGAAUUUUUCAAAUACUUUUUGACUAAGAACGGCCUCACCGACGGCCGCGAUGGUGAUAAAGUGACGUACGAAAAGCCAGACACAAGAAUGAGCGGAGGCUCAGCAGGUGCUUACCCGAUCAACUCGUUGAACGACGUUUCAUCAAACAGCGCGAUCGUUGGUGGUGUGAGUUUGGGAUCUGGUCACGUCCUAAUGAAAGAGGACUUACUACCCACUGGAUCCGCCGCAAGUUCGGCGCUAUCAGCCGCUCGUGCCUUGGGUGCUGUGUGAACAUUUUCACCACGUUUACACUUGACAAUAACAACACAACAAAAAGUAGAAUAAGAAAUUCAAACAGACCGAGAAGCAUCCCACUUUACCCAAUCUCUAGGUAUCCUUUUCGAUUCUUUUCUCUAUUCGAAUCCCUUUAAUUUUGGAUCUUCCUUGAAGCCAUUCCCCCCCCCCUUUAUCACACAUUCAGUUAAUCAGUUCGUAGGAUCACCUUCAUCGUUAUUCGUUUUUGCUUUUGGUCUAUUCUCUUCGUUUUUUGCUGUUCUUCUAGGUUUUUAACUAUUUCCGAAGCAGCUGUUGCCUCGGUGAGGUGAUUAGCCUUCAGAUGAGGCAAUCCUUCAGAUCUGAGUCUACUAGUCUGUGAUGCAACUUUUCCUUUUUUGCGCGCUUAAUUUUUGAGACGUAACCAGUAACCAACCAAUACAGGGUCGUCCAAAAAUUAAGCGAAGAAAUUAUCCCUAUUUCUUUUUCCCCUCCCUUUUAUCUGCCACUCCUACAAUCUCUCUUCAAAAUAACCUCAAGCCUUCCGUGCAGAAAGCAACGAUAAAGCUAUUUUCUAUCACAGUGAUAGUGUGUUCAAAAGAGAACUAAGCAAAUUUCGAAGGAAAACUGAAAAAAAAAUUUUUGGCCUAGAGAAACAACUGCCCAGAAGAUGGAGCUUGAGUUCCAGAGUGAACCAAGUAUGCCAUCGUUAACUGGUGCGGAUUUUUUUUUUCCUUUUUCGAGCCUUUAGAUUCCAGAUCUUUUCCCUUUUUGAACGUUAUCCUUUUAUUUGGGUUUUCUGGAUCUUUUCUUUUUAAAUAAUUGUUUCUUCUUUUCCUCACAUCCCAGAUGAUGUAGGAGAACGAGAGUAAUUGAAACUUAAAAAAGAAUCAUAGAUUUCGGGAUUUACUUUAUUGAUACUGCAGACGGAAUCAUCUUUUUUUUCCCCUACGCCCUUAAGCCUACUGUUGCUCAAUUAUUUUCAAUACCCAGUGACGGUUUACUAAAAUUGGCGUUCAUCAGAAGGUGGGGCAUUUACGCGUAGUGUUGAUGUAAAUGUAAAAAAACAAAAAAAAAAAGAAAACUAGAUAGCACAAUCAGCCAAAUAAAUGAAUCAACAAAAAUAAAAUCGAUUUCUACUAAUAAGGCUGGUUAGAUAACUGUGUACUAUUUUGGCUAGUUACCUACGCUCUACUACGUAAUAAAGAAAAUUACGGCCGCCCAAAUGGCUCGUGUCGUAUAAACGUUUGAUUGUAUCAAUAAACAUUUGAUCCUUGGGACUGAA